AUUGUUUACAUCAAUACUAUGAUUUUAACCCAGUCUCAAACAUCAAUGUUGAAGGGCCAUGGCCGCCAUCGGGCUCACUGAAAUUACUCGCAGCUCCCAGGAUGGAUCUGCCGCCAUUAGGCAGUUCGUCCUUUGUCCCACUGCUGCUCGCAGGCAUAGCAGACCAACCGUCAUUGCAAGGCUGGAAACCGGAUCCCACCUUGUUCUCCACAAUCCUCAUAUCGUUGAUUGUGAAUCGAGGAGCGCUGAUAGUGGAUGUCGACACGAAUGAGGAUGAUAGUCUAUCAAAGAGAAAGCAGAUUGCCCACGUCGCUUCCCAUGUCGCAGCGAUCACCAAUGGCAUCUUCGGUCGGUCUACCCAUCAUGCUCAUUUGAAUGCAGACACCACGCCUUCAUCUCUCCCAUAUCACUUCUUGACGACCUCGCCCGAGAGUCGGACGAGCGUCUCCGUCUCUCAUUCUCAUCAAGGAUCGAGCGAGACUCGACCCGUAGCCACCCGAAUGGCAUCGUCGUCAUUUAUGCGAGCAGCAACAACCACCACGAAUCGUCGCUAUGUUUCCGCCGCUUCACAACAAUUCGGUCCGGUCUCACCAUCGCGUACACCAGGAUUCUCGUCUCGUCUCUCAUGGACAAUCUCACACCCGCCAACACCGCGAUCGAUUUCAACUCCAGGUAUAACACCCGUGAUCACGCCUUCCGUUACAUCGAAAAUUUCGACUCUACUCCCAUCUUUACCAAAGACGGAGUCGCCGGAUGAGCUGAAGGUCACCGAGCUGGGCGCGAAUUUGCCAUACCUCCCCCAGGUCCUCAUCCUUACUGGCUUGGAGCACACGGACACACCGGUCUGGAUAAAGUUGAUGCAGCUUCUGAUCAAGCGCAAAGUCAUGAUCGAGUCGGAGGAUGGUGUUGAUCUCAAUCUAGAUUUGCCGUCCGAUUUCCUGCUUCUCUGGAUAAGGGAUAAUCAUAGAGAUGACUACCCUAGCUACUUGAUGGACCGAUUCACAUCAUGGACGAGUACGACCUCGGACAUACCCCUCCCUCCGGAAAUCCCUCGUUCCCCUCUCAUUCCCUCUGAAUACAUCUCCGACCUCACCGCGCUCUUACCUUAUACUCACAUCCACCCGUCUCUGCAGAUCCACAUCUCCAAUUUGCUCUGUGCAGUCUCAGCUCACCCUCGAUUGAGAUCCACAAUCACUGGUCGAAUGUUGCGCUACUUUUCCGACUUUGUCCGGGCUCAUCGGCUGCUCGCCUCACCUUUUGAUCUGCCGGCAAAUUGGCGAGCCAAGCUGCAUCGUCAGCCGGGCCAGGAAGAGGCCGCAACACGACCUGCGAGCCGUGGCUUUGGAUUGGGAGGAGGGGAAAAUGGUGUAGAUACUUGGGCAGAGAAGGCAGGUCAAGAACCUCACAUUCGAGAUCUUCGUCGGGUGAAAGAAGACGAGACCGACGGAGAGCCAUGGUAUGCUACGACUGCCAACGUUGGGGGUGUCUGGCAGUUGUGCCUUCGGCAUCGCGUCAAGGCUAGAGGCGAAAUCGACGAGAUCAUGUGGGUCGUUAAACGAAGUGCGGCAGAGGAAGAGACAAGGCUCAAGGGCAGGAGAAAGGUCCCCCAAAGGAUCGCCGAAAAGAUCCUCGACGAGCUGAUCGUAUCUGUAUGAGAGUGUACAUCCCGUCUACCAUCUAAUAUUG